AUGUUGAUCGAAUCUGUGUUGGGGUGUUUAUCUUUACAAAGGGCAUUAGGAGGCCUGGUAGGGCUACUAGCAGUAGCGACCUUCGCCUACGCCUUCUACAACCGCUUCAUUCACCCUCUUCGCCGUAUCAACGGCCCCAUCCUAGCAUCCAUCACACCUUGGGUACAGCUCUACCACGGCCUCAAAGGGGACCGUCAUCUGUGGCUACAUGAGCUGCACAACAAAUACGGUACCCAUGUUCGCGUCGCGCCGAAUUUCGUCUCUAUCAACUCCGAUCGCGGACUUCACGAUAUUUACGGACACGGCAAGCGGUUCCAGAAAGCGGCUUUCUACAAUGCUUUCCCAGCGAUCAAGGGCGUGUACAAUACGCACAACGCUAUCGACAAAUCCAUGCAUGGUCGCAAAAGAAGAGUGCUGAGCCAGGCUUUCUCCGAAAACGCACUCAAGGGAAUGGAGGACGUUAUGCUCCUCCAUGUGCGCCAGCUGUGUGCAGUCCUGGCCGGAUAUGAUGGGAAUUUCGAAUCUCACGACCAGAAGGGAAACGUCAAGAACAUGGGCGAUUGGUUCAGCUAUCUCUCGUACGAUGUAAUGGGCGAGCUCUGCUUCGGCAAGAGUUUCGACAUGCUUAUCUCUGACAGCCGGAGAUACAAAGUCGGAUUGGUGGAUCGCGCGGCAAACCGACACUAUGUAUGCGGACUCUGGAUGCCCCUGGACACAUGGGGCCUGGACCAGAUCUUCAUCCGUAAGCUGACUCGCGAUCGCUGGAAUUUCAUCAUGAACUCGAGGGUUGAGGCCAACGAGCGCGCCAAGGAACGUACCCAGAUUGGCCGGGAUGCCAAGAAGGACUUCUUCUAUUACCUCCUGAACGCCAAGGAUCCGGAGACCGGCAAUGGGCUCAGUACGCCUGAGCUGUGGGGCGAGUCGAACGUUCUGAUGAUUGCAGGAAGCGACACCACCUCAACCACACUGGCAGCAACACUGUUCUACCUGGUUCGACGACCAGACGCAUUGGCCAAACUCACGGCCGAGGUGCGCGGCGCUUUCAACGAAGUUGAAGAGAUCGUCACCAGCAGCUCACUUGGCGAGCUCGUGUACUUAAAAGCAUGCAUUGACGAGGCCCUGCGUCUUGCCCCAGCUGUACCCGGUGCAAUUCCGCGCGAAGUAAUGGAAGGCGGCGCAGUAGUCGACGGCGUCUUCCUACCCGCAGGAACAGACUGCGGAACCCCAACGUACUCAAUCCACCGACAAGAGCGGUACUACCAGGAGGCAGGGACUUUCAUACCGGAGCGCUGGAUCGAAGAUGCCACUUGCACGGCAGCGGGAAGGACUUGGCAGACAACCAAAGAGAGCAUUGAGACGGCACGCCACGCAUUCUGCCCGUUCAGCAUUGGACCACGUGGGUGCAUUGGUAAGAGCAUGGCAUUUAUGGAGAUGCGACUGACACUGGCGCGGCUGGUAUUCCUGUUUGAUAUGUCGUUGGCCGAUCGUCAGGGUGAAGACGCGGGUGGGCAUUUAGCGUUGACGGAUCACUUCACCAGCGCGAAGAAUGGGCCCAAUGUUGUUUUCCGACGGAAAUAA